CCUGGCAGCGGCGGAGAUCACCGUCGGUCUUUGGUUGGCGCGCCCACCAAGUUAUUCAGGCGAGCAUUUAGGUCAAGUCAUUUAAAUACGCCAUUGGCCCGCCGCCCUCCUUGGCUCGAGUGUCUUGGCGAUUAGACAAGAGAUCUCCUCUCGCGCAGCCAUCAUCAUUAUCCAUUGCUUGCUAGCGAACAUGAAGUCUGUCGGUAUCAUUGGCGCCGUCGCGGCUCUGCUACCCGCUGCGGUUGUUGGAUGCGGCUCCGAUGAUAGCUGCUACGGCCCUACCAACUCGGUCGAAUAUGUCCGUCAGGUGAAGCGCAUGCAGCCUGGUGUGCCCAAUGCUUCGUACACACCUAGCCGACCUCUUGAAUGGGGUCAGAUCAACUUCCUUCACACUACCGACACCCACGGCUGGCUCGCUGGCCACUUGAAGGAGCCCAACUAUGGCGCCGACUGGGGAGACUUUGUCACCUUUUCGCGCCGCAUGAAGCAGACUGCGGGCAACAUGGGCGCCGACCUGCUCAUUGUCGACACUGGCGAUCUCCACGAUGGCGCCGGCCUGUCGGACGCCACCAAGAUUGACGGCACCAGCUCCAUGCCCGUCUUUACCGAGAUUGACUACGACCUGUUGACCAUUGGUAACCACGAACUGUACGUCUCCGACGUUGCGUACCAAAUGUUCAACGACUACGCCACCAAAUGGGGCGACAAGUACGUCAACUCCAACGUCAAGAUCCGCAACCCCAAGACAAACGCCUUUGAAACCCCCGGCGUCACCCACCGCUACUUCACGACCCCCAAGGGCAUCCGCAUCAUGGCCUUUGGCGUGCUCUUCGACUUCACCGGCAACUCCAACGCCUCCCAGGUCACCCCCGCCAAGAACAUGGUCAAGGAGCAGUGGUUCAAGGACGCCAUUACCUCCAAGGACCCCGUCGACCUGUACCUCAUCUUUGGCCACAACCCCGUCAACCCCGCUGUCCGCGGUGCCACCAUGAAGCCCGUCUUUGACGCCAUCCGCGCCGUGCACCCAACCACACCUGUCUCCAUCUUUGGCGGCCACACCCACAUCCGCGACUUUGCCGUCUACGACGAGCACUCUGUCGGCAUCGAGUCCGGCCGGUACUGCGAGACUCUUGGUUGGAUGUCCCUGAGCGGCUUCGACUCCUCCAACUCGGGCUACCACGGCAUCAAGAACCCUCACGGCGUGCCCAACCCCUCGCGCACCGCCGUCAACGGCUCCAGCAGCCCGUGGAAGUGGUCCCGUCGCUACCUCGACUGGAACCGCAAUACCUUCAUCUUCCACUCGCGCCAGCACGAGGAGACAUACGACUACCACUCUGGCCAGCGCGUCACCACCGGCAUCACCGACACCCGCAACCAGCUCCGUCUUGGCGAAGUCUACGGCUGCGCGCCCCAGACCUGGUGCAUGGACUGCGUGCCCUUUGACGACCCCAACAACAUCUUCCCUGGUGUCAUGCGCCCUGCUAUUUCCGCCGUAGUCAUCAACCAGACCCGCGCCGACAAGGCGCGCAUGGUGCUGGCCAACACGGGUGCCGUCCGCUUCGACCUGCUCAAGGGCCCCUUUACGUAUGACGACAACUUUGUCGUGUCGCCCUUCCGCGAUGUCUUCCGCUACAUCAAGGAUGUUCCCUUUGCCAAGGCCAAGGUCCUUCUUGACCAACUCAAUAAGGGCCCCAUCGCCAAGCGCAACGACCUCGCAUCCAUGCGCUUCCCCGAAGACGACUGCACCAACCCUGCCGCCGGCCUCCUCACUCGCCGCGAGAUGCGCCAGCCCCGCGGCGCCGUGCUCCGCCAGGAAAUCGUCACCCCCGGCUACACCACUACUGACGCCUGGGGCACCGACGGCGACGACUCCAAGCACCUGGGUAUCCCCCACUACCCUAUCCCUGGCAACUACGAGACGCGCGCCAACUUUCCCAAGGACGGCAGUGACCCUGCCACCGUCGACCUCAUCUUCUUUGACUUCAUUGAGAAGGAUGUCGUCAAGCUUCUUGGAGCUCCUUACACUCAGGCCGAUGUCGAGUGCUACAUUGACUGCCACUUUAGCUCGCAGGGUACGUUCACUUUCCCGUUUAAUCUGAUGCCCCAACUAACACUGUAUAGACUACAUGAUUCCGUACGCCAAGCUUGCGUGGUCUGCUAACAAGGACAACUGCCCUGUUGGCUAAGUCCCAUCUUUGUUGUUGAAACUUGUAGAAAGAUUUGUUGAACAUAUGUUAUGAUGAUGUGCAUGAUGAAAAGAAAGGUGUAUACAAAAGUUUGGGGGCUGAGACGGUGUUGAUUGAGUGAGGCGUUGAGAGGUGAGGUUUUGAACCAGUGAGCGUUGUAGACUAUGAAAUGAAUGAAUGUAUACUCUGACAAGGAUCAUGUCAAUAUUGUCCAAUAUUGAUAAGCUGUUUAUACUAUAAAGGUAUCCGAGCCCGUCUCGUUGCUUAGGCAGCCAAGCCUUUGCCUCCUCAACGCCUCCAUUACUAUGGUCAAAUUACCAACACUGGCAGAACCGUUUUUACAGUUCAACCACUGGCGAUCAGGCUCCGGGUUCUUGCAGCAGAGCGUAGCAGGAUCAACCUUUGCAAGAUGAGACAGGUGCAUAUGACUUCCACGUCUAGUAGGCUGCAUCUGCCCUACGACGCCGGAUGAGACAAGUGCAUGUACUCGGUUACACGUUGAGCGCACGUGCAAGGCAUAUUCGUCUUUUUCGUGUGCACAUUACAAUAGUACUCCUGUUUGCCAGAGAUAAACACGUCAGGUAAACACACCAUAGGGGUACAUCUAGGGCUUGCAGGGACAAAUAGCGUAGCCUGAUUGAUAAGGGCACGGGGUUGGGAUACAUAUUCGUUGUUAAGGCUGAGAUAUUAUUGUACUAACUUGAC